AUGGAGAGUUCCUCAAGGCCUGUCGAACUUGCCAUGUUUGCCCGCUCGCAAGACCUCAUCGGAAUGCAGGAUAUGAGCACGAGCCUUCUCACGAAUCCGUUCACAUCCAACCGGACGUUGGUGGGCCCUUAUGACCGCCAAGUCCGUCCUGUGGACCCUAAUCCUUUGGAACAAUGGUAUACGAAUAAUGAUGGACCAUGGAUUCCGAAGGGCAUCGCGCCACCAGGAGAGCAGUCGUCCUCCCGGUUCAACGCCGCAAGCAGGGGAAAUGGAUUUGUCUUCUCCGGAACGUAUCGUGAGAGCAUAUCGCCGUCGGAAUGCGACACUCUUCCUCCCGGGGCUAUGCCCUCAGACUCCGGGUAUGGGAGUCAUGGCGCGAAACCAAGCAUUGCUACAGCUUCUGUCUGCCGUGAUGAUGGCAUGGAUCAGAGUCAGGACACUCAGAGCCUGGCUGGACAGUUCUCGGAUCUUCAGUUCCAAGCAAGCUUCAAUCUGGAUCCAAGGCAGUGGCCUCAGGCACAAGGGCAGCAGCCUGCUCUAUCCCGCGCAGCCCCGUCAGAAGGGAAGGAGCUGACCUGUGAGACAUGCCAGAAGAAGCUGAAGACUAACUCUGAGCUCAAAAAACACAAGCAAAGGCAUACCAAGCCGCACGUUUGUGAUGUACCCGGAUGCAACCGACGCGAAGGGUUCAGCACGAGCAAUGACCUUGACCGCCACAAAAGGAGUGUACAUCCUGCCGAGUCUGCCACGGGGAAUCGUUAUCGCUGUACCCACGGUGCCUGCCGAAACAAGGACAAAGUAUGGCCAAGGGCGGAUAACUUCAGGGCACAUAUCAAACGUGUCCAUCGACAGGAGGUUGGAGAUGAUGACCUAGAAAAAUACGUCUUCCAGCAACCACCCCCCCAACAGGAUGUCCUAACGGACCUCGUCGGGAUGCAACCGACACAUGUGGAAUACAACUAUCAGCUCAGCCCGGGAAUGCAGAACCAUUUCUCUCAAGGAUAUUGGUCUCAAGGUGCCAACGCAAGCUCGGUCAUUGAUAUAUCACCAGAUGCGGCUACAAACAGGCAAAUGGCCAGUCAUCCAGUGGAAGGAGCCCGAAGCCUGAACCCGCAAGCUGAUGUGAUCUCGAGAACUAAAGUCGGUAUAACAGACUCAGCUGAAGGUAGUCCAUCAUCGGAGCGCGAUAACACCAUCUCAUCCUUCCCAGAUUCGGGAUUGGACGCGUUUUGCGAUCAACGAUAUGUAUCACCGAGAGAUUUGAGCCAACACUCCGUGGCUCACAAGCUACCUUCUCUUUCCAAGGACAACGCAACUACGGUGUAUGGAGGCUCCCUAGACCCGUCACCUGUCAACAGUAAUCAAAUGCUAGAUUCGCAAUCGCCGCUGGCCGGUGACAGGAAGCCUCUGUCAGACGGGAAAGGGGCCCCAGUGCCCUCCGCCGCUGAUGUUUCGUCUCUUAUCAUUGACUUGAAGGAUCCGGAUAAGAUCAAACAAGUCCUCGAGACUCUGCAGAGCCGUGGCGUGCUCGAAGAACUUGGUUACAAGAAAGAAAUAGCUCUUGCUACGGAGGAUAAGAGAACGGAAGGCCCCGCAAACGCUAUUCAAGAUGCGCAAAAUACGCAAAACUCAUGCUCCGAAUGUCCGAAGACCUUUGCUCGGCGCUGUGAGUUAAAGAAGCAUAUGAAACGUCAUGAGAAGCCGUACGGGUGUACUUUUCAUGGCUGUAACAAACGCUUUGGUAGCAAGAAUGACUGGAAGCGACAUGAAAACAGCCAGCAUUUUCUCCUGGACAUCUGGAAAUGCGAUGUAAACAUGUCUCAAACAACAACGGCUGAACCUUGCGGCAAGGUCAGUCAUCGACGAGAGCUGUUCAGACAGCAUUUGACAAACAAUCAUCAACUCACGACUGAAGACGUCGAGAAAAAGCUGGAAGAUUGUCGCGUGGGAAGAAAUUGCGAGUCAAGGUUCUGGUGCGGGUUCUGUCAAGAUAUUAUUAGGAUCAAACAGAAAGGACUCCAUGCCUGGACCGAGCGAUUCAACCACAUCGAUGACCACUUAGCCGGGCGCAACGGCAUGUCUCUGAAGCAGAUAGACGACUGGAAGAACGUGGAUCCAGAUGCGCCUCCAGCCAUUGAUGCUUCUACUUCUGACUCCGAAAAUGGUGACCUUCCAGAGGGUUCAUUGGCUUCUAUCUCGAGAAGGGCGAUGACCAGCAUCGGCGUUCCUAGGCACGGUGGCCAUAGCACUGGGGUCAAACGGAAAGCCGACAGUGCUGGAGACGUUCGGCACGCAAAACGAACAAAAAACGAUGGCACAGUCACGAAAUGUGUAAGCAUGCAUAUCGCAGAGCCUCUGAUUUUCCCAGCAGUCUGA